UCGAGCGUUCGUGCCCGCAGUGUUUACACAGAGUCCCGCAGCGCGCAAAGGACGCGUCCCAUCACCAGUAAAUGAAGCUCCGCAUCCACGGCACUGCCCCGCGCGCGCUCAACAUACAUGGACCCGCAGCAUCUGAGGACUUCAGACUGAUCUGCUGCUGUUGAUUGUGCUUUUUGCUUUCUGUAAAAUGAGCGGAGGAGAAAUCAUCUGUCAGGGAUGGUUGAGAAAGUCGCCGCCCGAGAAGAAGCUGCGGAGAUAUGCAUGGAAGAAGCGCUGGUUUAUCCUGCGCAGUGGCCGCAUGAGUGGAGACCCGGACGUGUUAGAGUAUUACAAGAGCGAUCAUGCCAAAAAGCCCAUCCGCAUCAUCGACCUGCACUGCUGCGAGCAGGUGGACGCAGGCCUCACCUUCAAGCGCAAGGAGUUUCAGGACAGCUUCGUCUUUGACAUAAAGACGGUAGAGAGGACCUUCUACCUGGUUGCCGAAACCGAGGAGGAGAUGAACCGCUGGGUCCGCUCCAUCUGCCAGCUUUGUGGAUUCAACCAGUCGGAGGAGAACCAUCACGAUGAGCGAUCGUCGAGCAUUUCCCGCUCAUUGACCAAUGAGCUGAAUAGCUCUCUGGCUCCACUGAUUGGUGAACGUAAAACGUCUGUGCCUGCCCACUCCAGUCAGCCAAUGCUGUUCACAUUUGACAUACCUGUACGCCAUUCCCAUGGUCCCCUGUCUAACAGCGCUCCGCAGGACUACCUCUUCCUCCAUCAGUGCAUGAGCCGCAAGAGUGAGAGUGCACGGAGUGCCAGUUUCUCGCAGGCCUCACGCAGCAGUCUUCUGGUGGGAAGUGACUCAGCGGUUCAGAGACUCACUCAUGGUUUCUCCCACUGUUUGAAUGGCAUGGGUGCCCAGCUUCACGGUUUCUACAGCCUACCAAAACCCGGCAAGCAUCAGCAGCCCCCCUCGCGGACCGACUCACAGGAAGCAUGCUACGUUCUACCCAGGAACUACAGUUCUGAAGGGGCAUCUGAGCUUGAUUCGGAAGACGUGUACACAUUUAAGACCCCCAAUAACACUCUAGCUACGCCCCAAACCAAUGAACAGCGGGCUCUCGAUAAUUAUGAUUUACCAGUUUACCAGAUCCCCCGCACGUUUGACAAGAACCACAAUGCACUGAUGCCGUCCAGUGCUGACUCCACAAGCGCGCCUCCUCCAAGACCUCCAAAACCCAGCCAGGGCUCAGAGUCACGGUGGGGCGGCCCGCUGUCCACAGGGGCUCAGAACGGAGAGGUGUCCACAGCAUCUGUCAUCCCCAGGAGGAACACCCUGCCGGCAGUGGAGAACAUCAAACUUCAUAGAGGAUCCUCUUUUGAAACCAGCAGUCACCAGAGGCCAGUCUAUUUCAACAAUUCUGGUCAGUCGGUGGAAUCUGUAAAUGAUGGAUUCAGUUCUUACCUGAGAACUAAAGCCCCAUUGACCCGCUCUGAUAGUGCCGGCUCUGAUGAUAACUAUGUACCCAUGAAUCCCGGCUCAUCCUCCUCCCCUCUCAGUGCCGCCCUGGCUGACAGUCCCAAAAAUAACUAUAUUCCCAUGAGCCCAGGUCCUCACCAUUUUGAUUUUCCAGGAUUCUCAGCAACAUUACCAGCCAGGAAGGGCAGUACAGCAUCAUUGUGUCUCCGACCUGGGCGACUCAGUGAUGUCACACCACCACCAAUCAACCGCAACCUAAAACCCAGGACAGCAAAACCAACACCUCUCGAUUUGAGGAACAAUGGCAUCAUUGAUGAACUUCCCUUCAAGAGUCCUAUUACCAUGUCUUGGACAAGGCCAAUGCCUAUGAACUCCAUCUCAUCACAGCACUGUCGACCCAUCUCAACCCAGAGCAUCACCAGCACUGAUUCUGCAGACAGUGAGGAGAACUAUGUGGCAAUGCAAAACCCAGUCUCUACCUCCCCAGCGAUGAGUGGUACCAGCAGUCCUGCACCAAGGAAUUGUGGUAAUGUGGACUAUCUGGCUCUGGACUUUCAGCCUGGUUCACCUGGUCCACACAGAAAGCCGUCCACCUCUUCAGUGACCUCAGAUGAAAAAGUGGACUAUGUGCAAGUGGACAAAGAGAAGACGCAGGCCCUCCAGAACACCAUGCAGGAGUGGACAGAUGUGCGGCAGUCAAGCGAACCGGCUAAAGGCAUCAAGUCCUGAUGACGUUCAACUGUCUACACCGAAUGCGUUCCUCACUGUCAGUCCAAAUGCUCUUAUACUGUUACACACUGAUAGAAACUGGGACAAAAUAGUGAAUGAUGCAGCAACUAAAGCCAUAAAUCCAACUAAGGAAGAAGAACCCCUCAGCUGACAACCUCCUGGACUGUGAUGCUAUGCAUAUUAGAGACAUGUUUAACUUCAGAGUUCAGUGCGACUAAAUUUUAGCUACUUGCUCUUUCUGAGAGUGAGCAACUCUUCUGUGGUUAUUGAAAAUCAUAAUCUAGUUAGUGAUGUGUGCAAUUUUUUUAAAUGUGAAAUACUUCCUUCAGCUUAAAAGUCAAAGAGAACCAAGUAAGCCAUUUGAUCCGCCCUGAAAACUGUAAACACUGUGACUGUUUCAAAACAUUGCUCUGUUUGUUUGAGCAUCCCGGCCAGCCUGGCAUGGCAACCCAGCUUAGCCAAUGGUGUGAGUUUGGGAGGGGACUAUCUGACCAGUGACGUACAAGGGGAGCAUUCAGGAAACCUGUUUGACACUCAAUACUGUUACAAAUCUAUUUGAUAGCACUAGUUAGGCAGAAAUGCUACUUUAGCAGUAUUAUAAGGGCAGAACAGCCCAUCAUGCAAAUGCUUUUCUGAAGUCAUGGUGGUCUGCUUACCAACUUGAAUCGCAAUUGAUCAAAGAGAGAUGGUCGUUUUUCAAUUACGACUAAGAAAUGCAGGAAGGCUUGUAAAAUAAUCCUUAAUAGCUGUUGAGUUAAUAACCUCAGACAUUGGGUCACCAUCAUUAAACAUGCAUACACAGAUUUUUGCAUGAAAUGUUCACAUCAGUGAGAACAUAUCCAAUUCAUUCAUAUGGAAGGUUAACAUCUACACACACAGAAGUCCUUUACUUACUUUAAGUCCCUUUAGGACAAGUCAUUUUACUCUGCGGCCAUCUUUGAAACACCUCUCGGGCAGUAUUCUCAGGCAUUCUGUUUAAAUGGGCAAACAUCAAAUUCUCCAAGAUUGCGAUUAAAUUUCAUUUUUGGAAUCACCAAUCAAAUUAAACAACAACAACUGAGUCUUUAGUUUCAUUUCUAAACAAUCCAGUCACACAAAAUCCAUAGAAACUCAUGUUUGGGACCCCUCCCCUGGAGAAUCAUCAGUCUAUAGUGGUCGAUGACUGGUUUCUGUACUAGAAGGCGGGACUUCAUUCGCCAUAUUGACCUCUCUCUAGAGCAGUGGUUCUCAAACUUGGUCCUGGAGGGCCAGUGUCCUGCAGAUUUUAGCUCUAACUUGCCUCAACACACCUGCAAGGGUGUUUCUAGAAAGCCUAGUAGAAGUUUGUUUGGCAAGCCCUGAUGUCUCUGUGUCCAGGACUGUGAACCCCUGCUCUAGACUGUUGCUUUGUGUAAAACACUUGUCAUAGGUCUCAAACUCAAUUCCUGGAGGGCCACAGCUCUGGACAGUUUUGCUCUAACCCUGAUCAAACGCAGCUGAUCAAACUAAUGAAAUUGUUUAUGACUCUUUUGAACACCUCAAAUAUUUAGAUCAGCUGUGUUUGAUAGGGUUGGAGCAAAACUGUGUAGAGCUGUGGCCCUCCAGGAAUUGAGUUUGAGACCUUUGCUUAUAUGGAGCUGGUUUCUGCGUGUUUUAUUCAAAUUACUAAUCUCGCGCACACAGCCACUCAUUUAAAAGACUGCAAAUUCACUAUUCGAAAAACAAGUUUAAGAACGAGCUCAUGUACAUACACUAUA